CGUUCUCGGCGUGUGAGGGACUUCCGGGAGCGGAGCUGAGCGAGGUGCUUGGCCCGGGCAGAGCGCGGCGAGGUGACGGGCGGGAGGCUGCGGGGCGGCACGGGACGAGUGGGGCUGUCUAGGCUGCGAGGGUCGCUCCCCGCGGUCAUGAUGUCAGAGCUGAGUGAUGAAGCCAGUGAAUCAGAGCUCCUGAACCGCAGCCUGUCCAUGUGGCAUGGGGUAGGCCAGAUGAUCUGUCGAGAAGAGCUGGAUGUUCCACUGGACCUACACACGGCGUCCUCCAUUGGCCAGUAUGAGGUGGUACAGGAGUGUAUUCAGCGUGGGGAACUGGAUUUAAAUAAGAGAAACUGUGGUGGCUGGACCCCGCUGAUGUACGCUUCCUACAUCGGGCAUGAUACCAUCGUGCAUCUGCUGCUGGAGGCGGGAGUGAAUGUGAACGUCCCGACACCAGAAGGACAGACCCCACUUAUGCUGGCCUCCAGUUGUGGCAAUGAGAGCGUUGCCUACUUCCUCCUCCAGCAAGGCGCAGAGCUGGAGAUGAAGGACAUUCAUGGCUGGACUGCCCUCUUCCACUGCACCAGUGCUGGACACCAGCAGAUGGUCAGAUUCUUACUGGACAAUGGGGCGAACGCCAACUGCAAGGAGCCUGUGUAUGGAUAUACACCUCUGAUGGAAGCAGCUGCCUCUGGCCAUGAGAUAAUUGUCCAGUAUCUUCUCAAUCACGGCGUGAAGGUGGAUGUGAGAGAGAACACAGGAGCCACAGCACGGGCUCUGGCCAUGAAGUAUGGACACAUGAAGAUCGUGGGGCUGAUGGACCUACACGCAGCCCCCGUGCCCAAAGUCUUCUGCAGGGGCCCAGGAAAAUACUGUGAAGAUCUGAGCUCCUCGGAUGAAUCGUGCUCCACUCCCCAGAGACAGCGACCAGUCCGUAAGACCAAGGGCCCCAGUAUCCAUGAGGGGCCCCAAGCUUUGGCUAAGAUAACAGCUGUGGGAAUUGCAGGGAAAAAGCAGUCUCGCUGUGAGCAGGCCCUUCUGCAGGGCUAUGUUAUGUUCAGUGACAAUGGCAGCUUUGAAGGGGAGGAUCUCCGGUUCCGGGAUGUCACCUCUCCAAUCAACGAGCAAGAUGUGGAAAGUAGCAGCAGCAGGGAAGAGAGUGCUUUCUUCACCAACAACUUGGACACUAUCAGGAGCAGCAGCAGCAGCAGCAGCGAGUGUCUGCCCAAAGCCCUGGGGGUCAGCAGUGAGGGCUCCCUGGAGAGCAAUGAGGACUCUGACCAUGCGGAAAAGCUCUGUAGUCGGAAACAGGCUAAAAGCUACGUAAAGAUCAAGACCCGGUACAGCAACAGCGACAGCCAGUGGUUUCAGAGCCCAGGCAAAGCGGAGGUGUCUAGUCAGCACUGUAUGCUCCCUAACCCAGAGGCCAUCACGUACACAGGACCCCAGGACCUGGCAACAUUCCUGAAGCAGAUCGGGUGUCUGAAGUACCUCCAGGUGUUUGAGGAGCAGGACAUCGACCUCCGGAUCUUCCUGACCCUCACAGAAAGCGAUCUCAAGGAAAUAGGCAUCACCCUGUUCGGACCCAAGCGGAAGAUGACCUCUGCCAUUGCUCGAUGGCACAGCAAUGCCAGGCCUCCCAGCGAUGCCCUAGAGCUGGCCUAUGCAGAUCGGCUGGAGGCGGAAAUGCAGGAGAUGGCCAUUCAGCUGCACAAGAGGUGCGAGGAAGUGGAAGUGAUGAAGGGCCAGGUGUCCCAGGAGCAGGAGCUGCGGGCGGUGGUUGAGAGUUGCUUGAUGGAGCGGGACGUGGCUUGGAAUGAUGUCCAGAUCCGGCUGCGGGAGGCCCAGGCCGUCACCAGGGACGCUGGGGUGCUGCUAGAGCAAAUGAAAGCCUGUCAGGCGGAGCUAUGUUCCCGACUGAAGGAAGGGCACCUGGCUGGCAGGAUGCUGGAGACCAAGGCACGGCUGGGAGCUGGUGAGGGCAGAUGGCCCGAGGGAGAAGGUCUAGAAGGAGGGUCAAUUUCCUUGAAGUCCCUGAGCCUGGCUGAGCUGUCAGCUUUCCUGGAGGAGCGUGUGGGAGAUAUGGGGAAUUCCCUGCAUUCUGUGACUCAGAACCUCGCGCGGCUACAGGCCUCGGAGCGAGGCAAGCAGAGCUGGCCAGAGCCCUAAUGGAGCAGGAUGGAAUUCUGACGUCGGGUGACGGUUCCACCCGGAAGCUGUGCGCCUGGGAGAAUGAGCGCAAGGCUGGUCCGCCAGCUGCUCCUCUGCUGAGAGCGCCGAGGAGGCAGGCGGGUGCCUGGAGAAGGGGGUCAGCCAGCUGGGGAUGGCAGAGGACAAGGAGUCAAGUGGGCAGGCUGCCUCGGCUGGGCUGAUCUCCAGGUUCCUGUCACAGACGGUUUGCUUUCCCUGUCCAAGGGUUAGAGUGUUAAGAGCUGAAGCAUCGGGGCUAAUUGGCCUCUAGCUGCCCAUGGAGAGACUGCCUCAGUUUCCCUUAAUGCUGCCUGAUAUUUUUACAGAGCCAACCCUUGUCUGUAGCAGUCAGAUUCCCUUAUGCCCCUUCCCGCCACAACCCCUCGUAACUCGUUCCUCAGUUUAGUCUCUGCCCUCAGGCUGACCCAACAAACAUGUGACACUCAGAUCAAAGGACAGCACAGUGGUGGCCGAUGGGGUGAGAUCCAGUGCUUUAGAAAUGGGAGUUCCCCAAGCUGCAGCCCUUGUAGGAUCUGGGAGAUUGAACAUAGUGAGCUCUGCAGCUCUAGCCUGUGGAGAGCUCCCCCUCCUGGCAGCCUGCAGCGCUUCAGCUGUUACCAGCUUCUGAGGAGGCAGGAGCUAUGGGAUCACUUGAGUGUCCUAACCGUGCUUCUCUGUUUGGUUAUGGGUGCAGACCACCCCAUAGAUGCUGACUUGGCAGCUGGCCCUGAUCCUUCCCCCAGUCCAUGAACGCCCACAUUAAACCCACAGGGUAGCACAUUUCAAAGGCCUUGCUUCUGCCGAGCCAGUGUGCUCCCAGAAGCUUCUGCCACAGGCAGCAGCUCCUGCUGGUGCAGCACUGGCCCCUUAGGACAAGGGAGCCAGGAGCCACGUGAGAGGAGGGCGUGUGCAGCUCUUGCCUGAUGUGAGUUUAUACUAUCCCCAAGCACUUGUGUGUGAGCUACGUGCUCUGUGCUGCAUGCAGGGCUUGGCCCUGCAAUUGGUGCUAUAAAACCCUCCCUCAGGGUAACACCUGACCAUGAGCACCACAGCCCUCCCCUCAGGUCUGCCCCUGUGUGAAGGCAGUCGCAGGAGACCGUAGGCAGGUGUCUAAGACCAGGAGCCUGUUCCGUGGGGGAUCCUCUCCCCUGGAAACCCGUUAGCUGGCUCCCCACCCUCCCUCAGCCCCUGGCUCCUGUUCUUGUGUCUAAGCCUCUCUCCUUAAGACUUGAGCUUGGCACCUCUGCCCCCAGGAAUGGGCUUCAUGCCUGUCAUUUCUAGAUUCCUGCCCUUCCUGCAUGGAGGCUGCUUGUCCCCAAGGCAGCAGUCAGGGCUACCCUCUUUGCCCUGCACUCUGGGAGAGCAGGAGGGACCUCCUGUUUUCUCCAUGGGAUGGGCCUUUGAAGCUGCUGCAUGGGAAGAGUUGGAAGAAAGCUUGGCCCGAGAUGCUCAGGCUGGGAAUGUUUGGAAAUCUUGGUUUCCAUCUCUUGAGGGUUUUGCGAGGCACCCUAUCUCAUGGCAUCCGUGGGCCUGAGAGGUCAAACAUGCUGCCAGGCAGCUGAGUCCUGCUCUCCUCUGGGCCACGGGCAGCCAGGCACUAAGCGUUGCAUUCUCCUUGUGCUUCUCCAACCUCCUUUGCCGUCUCCUCCCGCUGGGAGGUCCCCUGUUGGGCUGCUCGUCCCUUCAUUUAGUGGACUGAAGCUUCCUCUCCUUCCUUCCCUCCAAGAACCCAUAAAGUCCAAAAAUGUUUCCAUGCAGUCCUUAGCCCCCGCAUUGGCCCCACGGCAUGAGAACGCUGGGCGUGGGGGUUGGACUCUUAGACACUAGUGCCGUGGGCUCUUGCAGGGUAAUCAGGAGGAGGGCAUGUGUGGGGCAUAAGGGGAAGCUGCAGAGGCCUUUCCCCGGGGAGGUGCUGUGGAUUGACAGCACAAGAAUGAGCUGCAGGAAGACCGACUGCAGCGUGUAUUGGCCCCUCACAUACACUGCUCUAGCCCAUGGAGAUGUCUUGGCCACUGGCUGCUCUGAUCUGGUGCUGCUGCUGCCCCUGGGAGCUCUCACAGGUAAUGUUCGCGUGGCUCAGGGUGCACUGUCCAAGUGACACGAUUUCCAGUGCUGUAUAGUGAUUGGGGCAGCCUUAGUUCUUGCAGCCCCCUGGACAAAGACCGUGGCCCUGUGAUGGGGGCUCUGGUGAGCUGGGGAAACUACUUUUCUCUUUGCUGGUAAAGGGGAAAAAGCUGUAUUUUAUUUUUAGAUCUUGACCACAAACCCCAAAGUGCAAUACCGGCUGUGACUCCAUCCUCGGAGCCAGGAUCUUCCCUCUGCUCCGCUGCCCAAUGCCAAAGAGACUGGACCAUGCAAAUGGUCUGCAGAGUUAAUCUCUGUGCUGGUGGAGCACUGAAUUCGUUGUGCUUUGGUGUCUCCAAACCUUCCUGGUUUGGUUCUCAAAGCAGCCAGGAGAGGGAUAAGUUUGCCACACCAAUAUGCUCGGUUGCGUCGCUUUGUUUGUACUUCUGUUUUCUCUUACACGUGAGACCAAAAUUAAUGCACACUGUGUUUGGUGAAUAAAUCAGUGAUUGGAUCUGUCAGCA